CCGCACACGAUUUCGCACCGGCGACAAACACACGCGUCCACUCAUUAAUUCCCAACGACAAUGAGCACCGGUCACUUAAUUGCUGACCGACUCCACUAAGUCUGAAGCCGGCGGAUCCAAAAAACCUGCAGCUGAGCCGACGGCGAUGGUGGAGGACCGACUUCAGCUGCCUGGCGAGUGCGCCGCGUGCCGACGCAGCAUCUGCGAUCGCUACAUAAUGCGCGUGGCCGACGCAAACUACCACGAACGCUGCCUUCUGUGUUGCGCGUGUGGCGCGCGUCUCGCGCACUCGUGUUUCACCAAGGACGCCAAACUCUACUGCCGCAUCGAUUACGACAGGUGGGCAAAAAUGUUGUACGCCAAGAAGUGCCUGGGCUGCUCGGAGAAGGUGAGUCCCGAGGAGUUGGUGAUGCGGGCGCUCGACAGCGUCUUCCACCUGCGCUGCUUUGUGUGCGUCGUGUGCGGCGGUCGCCUCCAGAAGGGCGACCAGUUUGUAAUCAAACAGGGCCAGCUCUUCUGCAGACCCGACUACGAGAAGGAGGUCGAAAUGCUGCAGGGAUACGCACCAGGUGAAUUCCCAUGUGAUGAUCUGAUUGCCACUUCCACUCGUCCCCAUGACGGUAGACGAGGCCCAAAACGACCCAGAACAAUUUUGACCACCCAACAGAGGCGGGCUUUCAAAGCUUCCUUUGAACUCAGUCCGAAGCCGUGCAGAAAAGUUCGCGAAACCUUGGCCAAAGACACAGGUCUCAGCGUCAGAAUCGUGCAGGUUUGGUUUCAAAAUCAACGAGCGAAAAUGAAAAAGAUCCAGAAGAAAGCACGGCAGGACGGGAAAAUUCUGAAGGACAGCGAAGAUUCGGAGCCGGGAAACAACAACGGCACCAAAAGCUGCAAAAUCAAAGAGGAGCAGGAUCAGAGUCCGCAAGGCGUCGGCUAUCUGAAUGACUGCAGCAGCGACACAGAGGCCGGAAGUUUGGCCAUCGAAGGCUACGGCGGGGACGUUGAUGGAGCGUCUCAUUACCUGCCCCUCAAAGAAGAUGCGCCCGGCACGCCUGACCCAUCUGAAGUUGCCUCCCUGUUCUUCAAACACCAGGAAUUCGCAGCAGUCCAAGCCAGUCACCAGCACCUUGCCAAGCUGCCAGGAAACACGGGACCCUUCCUCUCCGCCUUCCCUUACGCCAACUGCCCCCCGGAGGCGGCAAUGGCCGGGGGUGGAACGAUGUUCGCCGGCCACCACCACCACCAUCACCACGCCAUGACCCCGUCGCUAAACCCCAUCGACCGGCUCUACUCGAUGCAAAACUCGUACUUCUGCGGCGAGGACGCCUCCGCACUCACCGAGCAGUGAGCUGAAUUUUUUGCAAGCGGCCCUUUUAGUUGCAAAGACUGAUAUGUGUGGAGGAAAACCCCUUUUUAGUUGCAACAUAGGCACUCACUCGAAAAUCGAUUUAUGGUUCUAGUCAUAUGAUUAUUGUUAGUGCGGGCAAAUAAUGCUCUCUUCUAUUUGUGUCAAUUUUUGAUUCGGGGAGUUUGAUCAAUGCUCGUUUAAUCAGUGUCUCCUCGUCGGCUACAUUGAUGUGUCAACGCAGUUCAAUAAGGGCAGAAAUAAAUGUUGAAGCAACUGAAUUUGAUGUUGAGUUGAUUUU